AUGGUCGUAACCACACCACGGCACGGCCCCGCUGCCCUUGUCGAUCGCAACCGUGAGGAGGAGAGCGAGACGGGCUGCCGCGGCUGUCGCAAGAUUCGAGACGAUGAAGUCUACAACCACGAGAAACUCAAGGCGACCAGCAAUGGCGCUGCCAACGGCGUGGCCCGCCAGGAAGCCGGCUCAGCGACCGCCUGGAUGCGGGCCAUGACUCUCAUUGUGCAGAGGCUCGAGUUGCCAGUGCAAGUGGGGAAGGUCCCUGAAAAUGCACUGCUUGACACGCCCCUGAAGCACGUGGCAGCUGAGCUUGAUGGACACCAGAAAGUUCAAGGCGCAAUUGAGCCGCCCCUCCACAGUCAAAGGCGUGCUUUCUCCCUAUGCGUCCAUUCCCGUGGCACAUGCAUUGAGUUGAACUCCACGUCGCGCCCCUGCAAGCAUCUCCAGUCGCCAUGA